CAAAACUUCCAUUGUUCUACUUCCUCAGUUAAGAUUGAUCAGAUACAGCUCUCAGUAACCUAUCAUCAACUCUUCCCUCUCAUUACUUCACUCCGUAUCUUAAAACUAUAAUACCGUAUCAUUAGUAACACGUUGUUCGCCAGCACUGCCUUCCCUUUCUUUUCUCUUUUCUCAGCGCCUGAGCCUGGCUUCAGCUUUCCCUUGACCACUUUCCUCUUUCCCUGCUUAGCCGAUUGAUAUUCCCCAUCUAGGUACACGCUUCUAGUUUGGUCGCUCAAAAGCUUAACCUGGGUACUCGAAUUCACAAGUACAAGCGAAUCCACAGUUCAGAAAGCGCUGUUUCAAACAUGGCUGAGUCUUCCCCCAGAAUCGAGCCAUUAGCCAUUAUUGGCUUAUCAUUUAAGUUUCCUCAAGGUAUGGAAACUGCUGAAUCCCUCUGGGAGGGAUUAGCUACUAGUCGAUCAGCCUGGUCACCAUUUCCCGAGAGCCGCUUAAACUUUGACGGCGUUUACGAUUCAGAUUCUGGAAGAUUGAAUAGUUUUCCUCUGAAAGGUGCACAUUUUGUGGACGGUGAUUUAAGCGUAUUCGAUGCUCCGUUUUUCACAAUUGGACCUAAUGAAGCGGCGGAAAUUGAUCCUCAAUCUCGUAUAUUACUUGAGGUAACAUACCGAGCUCUAGAGAAUGCGGGAAUACCAAUGAAGAAAGUAGCCAAUUCAAACACAUCUGUAUACACGGGAAGCUUUGGAGAUGACUACAAAUCUUUCUCCACCAAAGACCCUCAGUUUGGUGGCCAGUAUUCAGCAAGUUCUGUGUCGGCUAAUAUGUUGGCAAACCGUAUUAGCUGGUACUUUGACUUACGUGGUGAGUCCAUCAACAUGGACACAGCUUGCUCUAGUACCCUUGUCGCAUUUCAUACUGCAUGCCAGAGGCUACAGAAUAAUGAAUCUGAAAUGGCCAUUGUAGCUGGUUCAAACUUGUUUUUGAGUCCAGAUAUGGCUAUGUCAUUAAACAAUCAGAAUUUUCUAUCACCAGAUGGAAGAUGCUGGAGCUUUGAUGAGAAAGCGAAUGGGUAUGGUCGUGGUGAAGGAUUUGGGGUGUUGAUAGUGAAGCGAUUAAGCGAUGCACUUGAGAACAAUGAUACCAUACGAGCUGUUAUCCGAGCCACCGGAACGAACCAAGAUGGAAGAACGCCAGGUAUUGUUCAACCAAGUAGAAGUAGCCAGGAGCAACUCAUUCGAGAUGUAUAUGAAAAAGCUGGUUUGGACAUGAGCCAGACACGAUAUGUCGAGGCGCAUGGUACAGGAACACCUGUCGGGGAUCCUAUAGAGGCAGGAGCAAUUGCUGACGCGUUCAGCCACGCUCGCUCCGUUGACUCUCCUUUGUAUAUAGGAACUAUCAAAUCAAACAUUGGUCACCUGGAGGGUACCAGUGGUAUAGCAGGUCUCAUUAAGAGUAUUAUAAUGCUUGAACACAGAAUGAUUCCAGGAAUUGCAGGGCUUGAAAAUGUCAACCAUGCUAUCACAGCAGAGCAUCCACAUUUAAAGUUUCCAAAAGAGCUCAUGCCAUGGCCCUCGGAAGGCUUAUGUCGCUUGUCAAUCAACUCCUUCGGAUUUGGAGGAACAAAUGCCCACGUGAUAAUGGAGGAUGCGAUCGGUCAUCUCAAACUUCGAGACGAGGUUUCGAUCCACAAACAGAUAAACGGAAACACGGAUUCAGCACAUGAUCAACCUUCUAUGUCUAAUGGCUUCCAUCAUUAUGAGGUUAGGAGAAUGUUAGUGUUCUCAUCUCAAGACGAGAGCGGCAUCAAACGACUCGAAUUGGCAUAUAACGGACACUGGUCCCGAAUGAGCAUAGAGGAUUUUAGUAUUUCAUACAUGAACAGACUGAGUUACACAUUGAGUGACCGAAGAAGCUCUCUAUUAUGGAGAUCAUUUGCAACAAUCAAUUCUGAAAACGAUUUGACAGCUGGGAUCAAGUUUUCACCUGCCAUCCGUGCCAUUUCUCAGCCACGUCUUGCAUUCUGUUUUACAGGACAAGGCGCUCAAUGGUAUGCGAUGGCUCGGGAAAUUCAGGCUAAUGUUUUCAGAAAAAGUCUUAUAGAAACAUCUGAGCUUCUCAAGGAAAUGGGAUGUUUAUGGUCACUACAAGCCGAACUUUCACGGGACAAAAAAACUUCUAGAGUGAAUAGACCAGAAUUCAGCCAACCAAUUUGUACUGCAAUACAAAUAGCUUUGGUUGAUCUUUUAGAGAGUAUUGAACUUCGGCCUUCCGUGGUAUUUGGCCAUUCAUCUGGCGAAAUAGCAGCAGCAUAUUGUAUUGGAGCUUUGGAUAAGCGUUCUGCUAUGACGGUUGCUUAUCAUAGAGGGUUGCUCUCAUCUAAAAUAGCUGAAAAUAACAGUAUCCAAGGCAGAAUGCUUUCCGUUGGUUUAUCUGCAGAUGAAGUCCUGUUGUAUCUCGCCAAAAUCGAAGUCAAAUUUGGUUACUCUGGAAUUUCAAUAGGAUGCAUCAACAGCCCUAAUAACGUCACAAUCACAGGUGAUAUGGAACACAUAAACUAUCUCCACGAAAUUCUGGAAAAAGAUAACAUCUUCACCCGGAAACUACUAGUUGGUGUCGCAUAUCAUUCCCAUUACAUGAGUGCUGUAGCCGCAACAUACUCGGAACAAUUGGGUAGCUUGUCUGCCCGGGUAUCCGCAAUACCUACCACUAUGGUCUCUUCAGUUACGGGAAAAUUAGUCAGAAGUGAUGAGCUCCGUCAACCAAGCUACUGGGUUAAAAAUAUGGUAUCCCCAGUGAGGUUUCUCGACGCGGUUACUUGUGCUAGCUCACUAAGUAUAUCAAAUGACGGAACCAUUCUGCACAAUAAUUCAAAAGAUUGUUUCGAUGAUGUGCUAGAAAUUGGACCCCAUUCAGCCUUACAAGGACCUUUGAGAGAUAUCUUCAAGCAAUCGAGCAAGAAUUCAGCUAUAGGGUAUUAUUCCGUUCUGAUACGCAAUGUCAAUGCAACGACUUCGAUGUUUGAAGCGAUUGGAAAUCUUCAUUGUCGGGGUCAUCACAUAAACAUUCAAGCUUUAAACGACCAGAAUUCCUCAGUGACUUGUUCCUUAACCCCGCUGACAGACUUGCCAGAGUAUCCUUUUGAUCACUCAAGAUCAUAUUGGCGUGAAUCUCGGCUCAGCAAAGGUCACAGAUUCCGCAAAAUUCCUCGUAACGACUUUCUUGGCACUCCAGUACCAGAUUGGAACCCACAGGAAGCUAAAUGGAGACGCCGAAUUAGACUUUCGGAAGAUCCGUGGAUUGAGGAUCACAACAUCUCUAACGCAUGCAUUCUUCCUGCAUCUGCUAUGCUUGUCAUGGCAAUAGAGGCAGCGAAGAUAAUGGCUAAGUCAAGAUCUAACAAAGUCAUUUCGGGGUUCAUCAUUCAAAACGUCCUCGUGUCACGGGCGCUCACUAUUACUUCUGAUCAAGAUGGAGUCGAAAUGGAAUUUUACCUCCGCCCAUGCGGACUUACUUCUGACAGGGAAAUAACAUGGUCAGAUUUCCGCAUUUAUACUCCUGAGAAUAAUGAUUGGGUUGAAGUGUGUCGAGGCCAAGUUCAGGCGACUCAUGGAGAGCUUGAAAAUGAGGUCGAUAAUGGGAUGGAGCAAUCUUUAGAUGAUGAAUAUCAUCGAACGGAGCUCUCGCGUAUCUGCGCCUCCAGCUGCCAGGAAGUGUAUAUGGAAAACUUCUACCCGGUACUGAAAGAAAACGGAAUUAAUUUUGGAUCCGCUCAUCAAACUAUUAGAAGUGGUGCAUACGGUCAGGAAAGAGAGUGUACUGCUGAGAUUGCGCUGGAUAGUUGGAUACCCAAAAAAAGAGAUCUCCAACAAACAGAUUUUACUAUCCAUCCUACCUCACUCGACGGAAUGUUUCAAUUAGGUCUGUUAGCUUUGGUGGGAGCAAGGAUGAAGAUAAAUCCAAGUGUCAUAGUUGGGCUUCGCAGAUUAUGGAUCGCAGAAGGGAAGAUUAAUAUUCCCGGUUCAUCGAUAAUGUCUGCGUACGCAAAGUCUGCAAUGAAUGGUUCUACAACCACUCUAAUGGAUGCAGUUGCAUUUGAUAACGGAGAAUCUAAUCCUAUAUUAAUCAUCGAUGGACUCGAAGGAAAAUUCUUAGCGCAGCCGGACAGGCCAUGUGAUGCACAGAAUCGGCAUAUCUCAUGGAAUUUUGAUUACAGACCGGAUAUCGAUCUCCUUUCCAAGAAAGAGUUGAUUCAACAUGUUUCCACUUCAUACGAUAUUCAGCCUGCUCCGCUUAAACUGGAUCAUGACGUCAAGCUAUUAUUAUAUCUCUGCAUUCUGAAAACAUUGAAUCGGCUAACCGACUCUGAAGUUGCGGGGCUGAAGCCACACCAUAUCAAAUAUUUCGAAUGGAUGCAAUACGAAAGAACCAAGCUUUGCAGAUCAGAUAUGCGCAACGGCGCGGUCAAUGUUAGAGAAUAUAUCGACGACGACGCGUUCUAUGAAAAACUUUUAAACCGUCUGAAGCAUACCAAUGCGCGAGGGAAACUAUACGCGAUACUCGCAACAAAUCUCUACGAUAUACUCAUGGGAAAGAUUGAUGUUCUUGAAGUCAUGUUCAAGGAGCCAUUGGUGAAAGAGUAUUAUAGAGAACUAUACAAAUCCACCAAUGGCUUAUACAAAACUCUCACCUAUCUCGACACUCUCGUCCACAAGCAUCCAAAUAUGAAGAUAUUAGAGAUCGGGGCAGGUACAGGAGGAAUGACAAACUACCUCCUCGAUAUUCUUGCACAGAACGGUACUCGUGAUCCUCGUGUUGGUACGCCUCGAUUUGCUCACUACACAUACACGGAUAUUUCCGCCGGUUUCUUCGAAGGCGCAACUUCUUUAUUCGAGAAUUUUCCAGACAUGGUGACGUUCAAAGUACUUGAUAUUGAGAAAGAUGCAGUCAAGCAAGGAUUCGAAAAAGAGAGCUAUGAUUGCAUCAUUGCGGACAAUGUUCUUCACGCCACUCAAGACCUCGAGAUUACGAUGAAAAACGUGAGGACGCUGCUAAAACCCGGAGGAAAGCUUCUACUUUUCGAACUGACGGUUCCAGAGGUUGUUCGAACAAAUUUCGCGUUUGGUCUGCUACCUGGAUGGUGGCGCUUUAAUGACAAGUAUCGCAGUUUUAGUGCGGGGAUUUCAGAUGACGUGUGGGAUGAAGUGUUGAAGAGUACUGGGUUCUCAGGUAUCGACUUCAACUUCAAAGACUACGAUGAAGAUGAAUGCCAUGAGCAUAGCGCACUAGUCUCCACAUCUCGCGAAGAUUUCUCAAACACUACGCCGUUCCCUCCAACGAUAGUUAUACUCGAUCCGAAGUCCGAUAUCCAGAGCAAAACUUACGAGUUGCUGCGUGAUCAAUUGCGAUUAUCAGGAACCACGGAUAUUGUUUCCGCCACCCUCAAUGAGGCCACUAUUUUCAAAGGAAAGCAGCCUUCCAUUAUCGUACUUCUGGAACUCGACAAACCUUUCUUGCACGAGAUGACCGAGCCCGAGUUCGAGAAUCUCAAAGCAAUGUUCUUGACUUUUGAGAAUAUUCUAUGGACUUGUAAAGGCGGAGGAGACAGACCCGACAUGCCAGAGUAUGCGCUUGUUCAAGGUGCUUUCCGCGCACUACGAAUGGAAAACAUAAGACUCAAAUUUAUCUCCCUCUCAUUCGAGACUUCCUCGAAAAACGCCACACAUCUCGCGAAUAGGAUUUUCGAGGUCUACAGCGAGAUUUCCACUAAAGGUGUUAUGGACUGCGAGCAGGAAUAUGUAGAACGCAAUGGUAUGAUUUGUAUCGAUAGAGUUGUCGAUGCAGACUACAUGAAUCAGAAGUUUUCUGCGACGACAGACGAAACAUUACGCAGCGACUGUGAAUUUUCUAGCGCUCCUCCAGUAACUCUCAGUAUCAAAACACCUGGACUACUCGACACCCUUGAGUUCAUCCAGGACGACACUCUCAAUAACGAUCUCGCAGCCGAUGAGAUCGAAAUCAAAGUCGAAGCCAGCGGUGUUAAUUUCCGAGACUGUCUCAUCGCACUGGGACGAAUACCCAGCACGAGUUUCGGAUUUGAGUGCUCUGGUCGCAUUUCCCGCACUGGAUCUCACGCGAUUAAACUGCAGGUAGGCGAUAGGGUGUGCGCAAGCACAAGUGGAACAUAUCAAACCUAUGCUCGUUGCAAGACAAGUAACGUCAUUCCCAUCCCCGAGAACAUGUCUUUUGCUGAAGCGGCCGCGAUGCCGGUGGUAUUUACAACGGCGUACUAUGCCCUUGUGCACGUAGCCCAAUUGCAGAAAAAUGAAUCGGUUUUGAUACAUUCUGCAGCAGGCGGAACAGGGCAAGCUGCUAUCCAGGUCGCGAAACUCCUGGGCGCCGAGAUUUUUGUGACUGUGGGAUCGGAGUCUAAGAAGAACUUGCUUAUUAGUCUGUAUCAGAUACCGGCAGAUCAUAUUUUCUAUAGUCGCAAUUCUCUGUUCGUCAAGGGCAUCAAAAGAAUGACUGCUGAUCACGGCGGUGUCGAUGUUAUCUUGAAUUCACUCAGCGGUGACCUUCUAGUAGAUACAUGGCAAUGCAUAGCACCAUUCGGACGAUUUCUCGAAAUUGGCAAGAAAGACAUCUUAGCGAAUGGGAAUUUACCCAUGCUUCCAUUCUCUCGAAAUGCCUCUUUUCACGCCAUUGAUUUGAACGAGGCGCAGAAGUAUCGACCAGGACUGCUCAUGGAUCUUCAAAAAAGUAUCACUACCCUACUUUUCGAGAAUAAAAUCCGACCACCACAACCUAUCCACAUUUAUGGAAUCGGAGAGGUUGAGAAAGCCUUCAGGUAUCUACAGAGCGGGAAAAACUCUGGUAAGACAAUCAUUCAAAUCCAAGGACAUGAUAUGAUCAAGACAUCUCUCAAAAGACCACAUCCGUGGACAUUCCCAGAAAACGCAACCUACAUUAUCGCCGGAGGACUCGGUGGUAUCGGACGAAGUACUGCACAAUGGAUGGCGGAUCGCGGCGCCAAAAAUCUAGUCUUGCUUUCGCGAUCUGGUCCCACGUCAGAAGAAGCAUCGCAAUGCAUUGCCAGAUUAGAAGCUCAAGGGGUACGAGUAGAAAUCCCUCGAUGCGAUAUCGCUGAUUUCACAUCCCUCGAGUUAGUUCUCAAUCAUAUACAUAAAACAAUGCCGCCUAUAAAAGGAUGUAUCCAAUCCGCCAUGGUGUUACGAAGUAGUGUAUUCGAGAACAUGACAUACUCAGACUGGCGAGGAGCAAGCGACUGCAAGGUUUCCGGGACCUGGAAUCUGCACACUCUCCUCCCGAAAGGCUUGGAUCAUUUUAUCGUGUACUCUUCCAUCUCUGGUGCAAUUGGUGGGACAGCAUCUGUAAACUACAGCGCCGCUUGCGCCUAUCAAGAUGCAUUAGUACACUACCGCAAUAAGAUGGGCGAGAAAGCUACCACUUUUAACCUGGGAGUCAUGAUAGACGACGGCAUCUUGAGGGAUAACACAGCGGUGAGAACUGCGUUACUUGGUACUGGAUACCUAGUUGGUAUAAAGCAAAAAGAGAUGUUUACUUUACUUGAACAUCACUGUGAUGCGUUCUUGAGUAUACCGACGACUCCACUCCAGUCCCAGAUUCUCGUGGGUAUCGACACCCCUUCGUCGAUAAAGGCGCGGGGCGCUGACGUGCCCACCAUGAUGACACUUCCGAAGUUCAGGGGAACAUGGAAUAUCAAUGAGAAAGGCAGAACAGACAUGAAAGAAGGGAUGGUUACUGACGUGGCCAGUCAAUUACAUGGCGUAGCUUCACAAGCAGAAGCAGCCAGCAUUAUUGCCAAUGCAUUGAUGGAAAGAUUGAGCCAUGCGCUGGCUGUUCCCCGGGAGAAUUUGGAUUCCUCACGCCCUAUGCAUAUCUACGGGGUCGACUCGCUAAUCGCCGUUGAGUUAAGAAAUUGGUUCAACCAAAAACUCGACGCUGAGGUCGCAGUAUUUGAGAUCCUAGGGGAAGUGACAUUUCAGGACAUUGGUGUCCUAGUUGCCAGUAAAAGUAAGCUGGUAGAGGUACUCUUGACUGGGACUUGAACGUGGGAGCUGCAGAAUGAAUAUAUGAACAUUUAAGGAUUACCUCUUCCUCCACAUAACUAGCCCUCUUAACAGAAUACGAUAUUGACAAUUAGGACCUAUCAUUAUAAAUCUUACAUCA